AUGUCUAACAGCAAGCACUACUCGUGGGAGGGUAAAGACUGGAGUGAUCUUCGUAGCUAUGACACUGUUCAUCCCCAGCUUGAAGAACGCAGACGCCAGGAGGCGGAACGCAGACACCAGGAGGAAGUCCGCAGACACCUGGAGGAGGUCUGCAGAAUGACCACUCCCACAAGGAGAGGCCAAUACGAUAACAUGUCCUACAGCUCAGGCUCUUCAUUAAGCUUAAGCUCCCUCUAUGCCAACCCGCCCUCUCCAGUACUACGCCCGGGUCUACCUUCAAACACCGGAGAACACUACACAUCUCUCCAAGACGUUCCGCACUUCAGCCUGAACAAUAUCAGAACUGGCCCCUUCGGUCCAGGCGUGGAGUUUCCGAAGUCACCUGUCGCUGAACGGCGUGGCUCCGUCUCAACACCGUACUACGAGAGAUAUGGAACUGCCGUUCUGCCAAAGACACCACCGCCGACCCUUCCUCCUGUGGAAUCUGCGUACUAUCAGCGUCCACCAGGGCUUACGCACACUAUCCACCGGCCCUUACCCAAGGUACUGAGAGUGGUGAGCCCGGACCCUCCUGCUCCCACUGAUACUGUUUCUAUACUACCUGGUGCCUCUAUCAUAGGGCAAGCCGAGUUCCGCCAGACACAGAAGGCAAAGAGCGGAAAGCUGAAUUCCAAACAAGUGCCUAGUGAGGAAGGCGAUACGCAGAAAUACAAUUCCUUCCUGAAGGUCAAGGCCGCACUUCAGGAGAAGCGGAAAGUAGAUGCAGAUGUCGAAGAUGCGUCGAGGAAGCUGGAGGCUGCCUUCCAAGAUGAGAAGACGCAUGAAAGCAAGAAUCAGGGGAGAAUCGUGGAGAAGGUGUGGUGUGUUGAACACUGCAUCUAUGACUGGUGUGGCUGUGUUGCAGAGAAGCUAGAAGGAUGCAAGUACGGCUUUUCAGCUCCUUCGAAUCUGGUGAAGAAGUCGGCCGAUAAGAAAGUUCCGUCCCCCAAGCUCUUUGUAUGGGCCAAAGCCAACAAGGUGGAGACCAAGCAGCCAAAGGAUAUUCCGGAGAGCAGUUGUGCUGAUCCCACUCGCUUCGUUGACUUUAUCGAUCGCCAGCGUGCUAUGCGUGCAUCGGACGCAUCCCGGAUACAUCGCGAACGACAACAUCAGCUGGAAGCAGAAAGGUUACAAAAGCUCGCCGAUAAGAGAAUGAAGGAGUACGAGCGUGCGGAAGAGGAGUCCAUGAAGAUAGAGGGGGUCACAUUGUACGGCACAGAGACACUGUCCACAAUGGCGCCGAAGGAGGAAGUGAAGGCGUCCACAGCCAGUAGCUCCGAGAGCCCAUCGAAGAUACUCAACGGCCCGAGCACUUUGAAGGCUUCAUUGGAGGUCGUCAACCCUAAAAUCCCAGUCACAUCCAACACAGUUGUGUCGAAGGUUGGGGCCGCCCAGUUCAUCGAGGCAAUGGCCGCCGAGCGCCGGAAGAACCUGGAAUCUGUAGGUGAACCAACCAUUCAGAUCGCGGGGCCAAAGGGUACGAAACUCUCCAAUGACACCACCGGAUCCGGCCCGAGGAAGGAGCAAGAAGCCGUAAGUGAAGCAGUUGGUGCUGAUCCGAACCGUGCGGACACCCUCCGGGCUGCGAAAGUUGAGGGCGGCCUAACAGCUAUAAUGCGCGUGAGGGAGAAAUACAAGGCCCUUCUUGCCAAGCACGAUGCAGAGAGGAAGUGGGACAAUGUCGAUCUCAGCGAUGAUGAGGACUGGGAGAAGGUGGUUGGCGAUGAGGGCGCCGAAUGGGAGGUACUCGAGAAGUAG